AUGGCAUCAUUUUUAUGGAAAAUAACUACAUUAUUAGGUAUAAUAAUUUUAUCAAUUUCAGUUGUAUCAAUAAUUUUACCAUGGUAUAAAACAGAAUCAGUAUCUAGAAAAGGAAGACUUCAUUCAGAGUAUAGAUAUUAUUUAUCAUAUUAUGAAAUUGAUAAAACUGAUAUGACCAUGAUUGAUAUUGAUGGACAAACACCAGCAACAUCGACAUCGAUUAUCACAAGAAACUAUUACCAAAAUUUACAAUUAAUUCAACAUACACUUCAAAUUAGUUUUUAUUUCUUAGUUUUGGGUAUGGGUUUCACUUUUGUAAAUUUAAUAGUUUUAAUUUUCUUUGGAAAGAAAACGUUAAAUAAAACAAUAGCAAUCUUAGUAAUUAAUUCAUUUAGUGCAAUUUUAUUCCUAAUUUCAAGUUUAAUGACAUUACAUAUAACUGAAGAUUUUAGAAAUUCUCAAGAUGUAUUACCUGCUUGUAAAUCAACAUAUUGUAAUUCUUUUAUUGGUAAAAGUUUUAAUACUUAUAAAACAUUUGAAUAUACAUGGAGACCAGAUUUAGGAUGGAUUAUUGUUACUGUUGCUAUGGGUCUUUCAUUCUUUCAAUUAAUUCCUGUAAUAAUUUCAACUGUUUUGGUUUGUAAAAAAGGAAAUAAAACAAAGAGUUGGAAAGAAAUUAUUGAAGAUGCUCAACUUUCCAAGAACUAA